AUGGCUUUUUACUACACCACCACCACACUUUCUCUCCUUCUCCUCUCCAUCUCCUCUUCCUCUCAAGUCAUCACCGUGGAUCUCAUCCGCCGCGGCUCCCCCGGCUCUCCCGGUUAUGACCCUUCCAAAUCCCCCUUCGACCUUCUCCGCUCCUCCUUCCACCGCUCCUCCGCCCGCAAAUCCUCCUUCCACCACCGCACAACCACCGCCGCCUACGGCGGCGCCGCCUCCGCCCCGGUGGCCGAAAACUCCGGCGAGUACCUCAUGACGGUGGGCCUCGGCACCCCUCCCAUGGACAUCCUGGCGAUCGCGGACACGGGCAGCGACCUGACGUGGACCCAAUGCCAGCCGUGCACGAGCUGCUACUCCCAACGAGACCCAGUUUUCGACCCCCGCAAUUCCUCCACCUUCCGAACCCUCACUUGCGGGUCCCGCCCUUGCUCCCUCCUCGACUCCUCCGCCUCCACUUGCGCUUCCGCCAAAAACGAGACGUGCAACUACCAAUACUCGUACGGCGACAGCUCCUACACUCUCGGCGAACUCUCCUCCGAAACCCUAACCCUCGGCGGCGCCGCCGCAUUCCGGCGAGUCUCAUUCGGGUGCGGCCACGAGAACGGCGGCACGUUUAGCCCCAACGGGUCGGGUAUAGUCGGGCUCGGCGGCGGGCCACUCUCCAUUGUCUCCCAAUUAGGGUUUGGUCAGUUCUCCUACUGUCUGACGCUAAUCGGGUCAGACAACACGAGCACAAUAGAAUUCGGGCCUGGGUCGGGUCUUUCCGGGCCCGGCGUGGUUUCCACCCGGCUUGUGAAAAAGGAUCCGCCGACAUUUUAUUAUCUAACCCUAGAAGGAGUGAGUGUCGGGUCCACCCGGCUCAAGUACCUCCGACAAACCGAAAACGAGGCAACGGGCAAUAUUAUAAUUGACUCGGGGACCACAUUGACGUUUUUGCCCUCGGAGUUUUACGAGGGUUUUGAGGGGGCGAUUGUGGAGGCGGUCAAGGGUAAGAGAGUGGAGGAUUCGGAGGGGACUUUUAAGGUUUGUUACCGGAAGGAGGAGGGUUUUAGGGCGCCGACAGUGGAGGUGCAUUUUAGCGGAGGGGCUGACGUGGAGCUGGAGCAGGAUAGCACGUUUCUGGAAGUUGAGGAAGGGGUUUUGUGCCUGACGAUUGUGCCGUCGGAGGAUAUAGCGAUAUUCGGGAACUUGCACCAGAUGAAUUAUCGGGUCGGGUACGAUGUGACGGGUGGGAAGGUGGGUUUUCUUAAGACUGAUUGCGCGGGAAAAUAA